UUUAUAAUGGCGUUCAAUACUACAUCUUCAGCAGGUCUCAGCACUUACCGUGAUCAGCAUUUCAGAGGCACCCUAGCAGAACAAGAACGACUUUUGAGAAUUUCGACCACGAUGUAUGUGGGAAAUUUGUCGUAUUACACAACAGAGGAACAAAUCUAUGAACUCUUCUCCAUGUGUGGAGAUAUUAAAAGAAUCGUUAUGGGUUUGGACAAAUAUGAGAAAGUUCCGUGUGGGUUUUGUUUCGUGGAAUAUUAUAAGAGGGCCGAUGCCGAAAAUUGCAUGAGGUAUGUUAAUGGUACACGGCUCGAUGAUAGAAUAGUGAGAACCGAUUGGGAUAUAGGUUUCGUCGAAGGAAGGCAAUACGGACGAGGAAGAUCUGGUGGACAAGUCCGCGAUGAAUACAGGACGGACUUUGAUGCUGGCAGAGGGGGUUAUGGAAAAAUUAUUCAACAGAAAGUGGAAGGUGUCGCAUCUCCUGCACCAUUUAGGAGACCUAACAAAAGUCUUUGA